CCUUGGAAAGACCUCAUGACGAGGAGGAGGCCUCAUCAUUAUCAUCAUCUCCUGAGGUCCUGGCACCUCCCAGCAGUUUGGAAUCAAGCUUCAUUGGUGAGAGUAGCACACAUGAAAGCUCUGGCUCUGCAGGAAACUUUUACCCAGAAGUUCCACCACUGGAAAGAACUGACAGCCUAUUUCUCACAUACGAAUAUUUGGAAUCACUUUCCAAGAAACCUGCUCAGCCAGAAGACACUAAGAGCUACAUUGCAAGCAGUGGAGAUGAAUGUUGUCCUUCAACAGGCUCAAAUGAGAGCAGUGGGAAUGAAUAUUGUCCAUCAAAACACUCCAUGCGUGAGAGUAGUUCAGACGGAUCAUGUGAUCUUGAAAGCGACGUUUCGCCAGUGAAACCGAAGAACCGAAAGAUGCCAACAAAGACCUACUGUAAGAAAAAUGUGUCCAGCAAGUCAUCUGCUCGGGAUGAUGGGAGAACAGCUAGUGGACACUCAAGUGAUGCAAACCCAGACAAUGUGUCUGUUUUGAAGCUCCAGAAAAAGAAAGAUGGUGCUCGAGUUUACAAUAAAAAGCACUCUUGUCUGUACUGCCCCAUGCGUUGCCAUAAAAUGGCACGGCACUUGAUACGCAAACACAGCAAUCAACCCGCUGUGGCACAAGCAACAAGUUUUCCAUUGAAAUCAAAAGAACGGAAAUUGCAUUUGGACCUGAUUAGAAAUAAAGGAAAUAGGGCACACAAUAAUGAGGUUCUAAAAGCUGGUUGUGGAACACUGAUCCCAAGUCAGCAAUCUGGAGAUCAAGUGAAACCAAGUGACUACAUGCAUUGUAUAAACUGUCAAGCUUUGCUUAAAAGAAAGUCUUUAUGGAGGCACAUGUCCAGGUGCAAGCUUGCACAAAAGUGCAAAACAAAAAGGCCAGGUAAAAGCCGUGUCCAAUCACUGUGUGCCUUUGCACAGGCGGUCCCAGAAGGAGUCAGCAGAAAGUUGUGGGAUCUGGUGAAUGCCAUGCACCAAGAUGAAGUCAGUCGUCAUCAAAGAGGAGAAAAGCAUUUUGAGACUUGGAGAACAUUUGUAUGCAAAACAUGGACAUGACAAAACCAAACAUGAGUACAUUAGACAGAAAAUGCGAGAAAUAAGCAGAUUAAUUUGCCACUCAAGAAAGUUAGGCAAACUUCAAAAAAUGGAGGACUUUUAUAUACCUUCCAACUUCAACUCUGUGAUUGAAGCGGUAAAAGACGUGGCUGGCUAUGAUGAGGACAAAAACAUCUACAAACGUCCCUCACUGGCUUUGAAGCUUGGUCAUAGUCUAAAGAAGAUUGCAGAUAUUCUCGAGUGUGAGGCACAAAUGGCUGGAUCUGAUGGUGAGGGUUUUCUGAAGAAUGUGCAGAAGAGCCGCAGUUUGUAUGAGAAAAAGUGGGACGUGUGUGUGUCGUCGAGAGCCUUACAAACUCUAAGAGAGGCUAAAUGGAACACUCCCCACCUUCUUCCUUUCACAGAAGAUGUAAAGAUGAUGCACAUGCAUCUUGAUAAGUGCAGGGAAGAGUACAAAAAGACACUUAAAAAUAAUCCAAAUAAGAAAAACUGGUCCAAGCUUGCUACUUUGACUCUGUGUGAGGUCAUUUUGUUCAACCGCAGAAGAGAGGGUGAGGUGUCAAAGAUGCCGCUGAGUGCUUUUAUCCUCAGAGACACCACAGGAGUACACUCGGAUCUGGCAGAAGGUCUUUCCCCAUUAGAGCAAAAGCUUUGCCAGCAUUUUCAGCACAUAGAAAUAAGGGGGAAGAGAAACAGGAAAGUUCCCAUCCUUCUAACACCAGACAUGCUCAGUUCAAUGGAAGCGUUGGUUGCACAUCGGAGGGCCUGUGGCAUUCCUGAUGAAAAUCCUUUUUUCUUCUCGAGGCCUGAAGCAGAGACUCAUCUGAGGGGAUCAGAUGCCAUCAGACAGAUUGCAAAGGAAUGUGGAGCCAAACAUCCUGAAACUCUUUCCUCAACCAAGCUGAGGAAGCAGAUCGCCUCACUCUCGACAGUCCUGAAUCUAAAGGAUCAUGAGAUGGACGUACUGGCAAAUUUUCUCGGCCACGACAUUCGGGUCCAUAGGCAGUAUUAUAGACUUCCUGAAGGAACUCUUGAGUUGGCAAAAGUCAGCAAAGUGCUGUGUGCACUGGAACAAGGACGACUGUCAGACUUCAAGGGCAUGAGCCUGGACCAAAUCCAAAUCAGUCCUAAUGAGCAAGUGUCAGAAGCUGUGGACAGUGAAGUCUCUGACAUGGAGACAGACAAGGACUCUCUUUUCAACAGUACAUCUUCUUCAGUAUCCUCAGGAGAAAAGAGAAGGACACCUCUCUCUAAGUCUGGUGAUAACCCCACGCCUGCAGCAUCCUCUACACCAAGAAGGCCACAGCAUGUCGAGUCAGACUGUGAUGAUGCUGAAGAAGCAGGACCGUCUGCACCAAAAAGAUUAGCUGUGACACCUAUCACUGAUGAACCUGAAGAAGGGCCCCAAAUAUACAAGCGGACACAGCAAGAUGAAUCCUCUGGUACAGAAAGCUCAAAAAGGAGGAGUUGGACACCUGCAGAAGUGCGUGCAGUGGAAAAGACUCUCAAGGCGUUCAUAGACUCUGGGAAAGUGGCUGGGAAAACAGCCUGUGAGAACUGCAUCAAGGCCUCACCACAAGAUCUGAAGUCAAGAACCUGGACGGCUGUUAAGUACUAUGUUAAGAACCGAAUCACAGCAAUUCAGCGUGAAAGCGCAAGACGCUACUAAAGACUUCUCAAGGUUUUGUUUUGAAAUGUUAAUAUGUUCCUUACGGCUGCACUGGAGCUGCAUAUUUUGUUAAGGUUGUUUUGUAAUUGUGUGAGUGCCCCAGGCAUGUCCCUCACAGUCUGUUUUCCCAGAAAGUAGCUGGAGAAUGAGGAAGAUGAGUAGAAAGUAGCUGGAGAGAGAGGAAUGUCAGUAGUAAGUAGCUGGAGAGAGAGGAAGGUCAGUAGUAAGUAGUUUGAGAGAGAGGAAGGUCAGUAGUAAGUAGCUUGAGAGAGAGGAAGGUCAGUAGAAAGUAGCUUGAGAGAGAGGAAGGUCAGUAGAAAGUAGUUUGAGAGAGAGGAAGGUCAGUAGUAAGUAGUUUGAGAGAGAGGAAGGUCAGUAGUAAGUAGUUUGAGAGAGAGGAAGGUCAGUAGAAAGUAGUUUGAGAGAGAGGAAGGUCAGUAGAAAGUAGUUUGAGAGAGAGGAAGGUCAGUAGAAAGUAGUUUGAGAGAGAGGAAGGUCAGUAGAAAGUAGUUUGAGAGAGAGGAAGGUCAGUAGAAAGUAGUUUGAGAGAGAGGAAGGUCAGUAGAAGGUAGCUGGAGAGAGAGGAAGGUCAGUAGAAAGUAGUUUGAGAGAGAGGAAGGUCAGUAGAAGGUAGCUGGAGAGAGGAAGGUCAGUAGUAAGUAGUUUGAGAGAGAGGAAGGUCAGUAGUUAGUUUGAGAGAGAGGAAGAUGAGUAGAAGAUAGCUGAAGAAAGGAAGACCAGACUGAACUGGAUUUAGGGUUCCAUCAUGUUGCAAAUACUUUCUGAGCCCGACACGGAGUCAGAAGCUGUAAUAUCUUCUUUCUUUGUGUAAUGUUUACAGAUGUUGAUUCAGGGCACUGCUCCUGUCAGGCUGACCAUUGUCUAGAGAACAGUUUCUACUGUGUGCUGUUCUAAAGCACUUUAAUUGUUGGGCAUGUGGAAUCCAACUGUUUAACUUAUGUCAUUGGUUGACAUACUUUCUACUCAUCCUCCUCUCUCUCCAGCUACUUUCUACUCUCUGAAGCUAUGAAAUGUUCUUUCUUUGUGUAAUAAUGUUUACAGAUGUUGAUUCAGGGCACUUCUCCUGUCAGGCUGACCUUUGUUUAGAGAACAGUUUCUACUGUGUGCUGUUCUAAAGCACUUUAAUUGUUGGACAUGUGGAGUCCAGCUGUUCCACUUAUGUCAUUGGUUGACAUACUUUCUACUCGUCUUCCUCUCAAACUACUUUCUACUCUCUGAAGCUAUGAAAUGUUCUUUCUUUGUGUAAUAAUGUUUACAAAUUUUAAUUCAGGGCACUUCUCCUGUCAGGCUGACCUUUGUUUAGAGAACAGUUUCUACUGUGUGCUGUU